AUGUCGGGCUUCCGACUGCAGCCGCAUGAGAUCCUACGCGACCCGACCAAGGACGAGCUGUACAAUGGCCCGACGCGGCAGAAGCUGCCGGUCGCCGUGCAAAAGAUGGAUGACGCCGACACCGCCUGCACCUUUUGCGGCGUCAGCUACUUUGUGUUUGCCGAAGUCCAAGAACUGCAGCAAAAAGCUAAAGUCUAUCGGCGGCAGUUCGAGGCCAUUGUGCAAUGGAUGCGCGCGGCCAAGGCGCAGCAAGGGGCCAUGACGACCGAAAUGAAAGCGUUCCAGCUCGAGCAUGCGACGACGGUCACGGCCAUCACGUCGCAGCUGCAAGGGUUUGUCGCCUUGGACAAGACACACGUCCAAGAGAAGAAGGACCUGCAGCAGCAGCUCUCAUCGGCACAUGCAUCCCUUCGCGCUGCUGAGACGGAGUUGACAACGCAGCGAGAUUUGAUUUUGGACCAAGCCAACCGGCGGGUCGGUGACGCGGAGAAGCAAGUCGAUCUCAAGACCCAAGACAUUGCCCGCCUCGAGCAGCAGAUGGUGGAGGCGCUCCGAGAUGCGGCGAGUCUCCACGAGUCGAGCCGCAUGACGUGGCAGCAGGAGAAGGCGACGCUGGUGGCGCAAGUCGACGCGGCCAAGUCGACACUCGCAAGCCACAAGCUCAAGGCGGACGCGGAAAUCACUCGCCUCGAAGGUCUUAUUGCCACACAAGACGACGAGCUGCGAGCAGUCAUGGCAACACGCGCGCAGCUACAAGCCCGCGUCGACAGCUACGCGUCGGCCGCCGCAUCGGCCAAAAAUGAGCUCCAGCACGUUGAGGCCGUGACACACCAGUCGCUCGUCGCGGUGCAAGCCGAGCUGGCACAGACCAAAGCACAGCUGCACACGGUUCAAGACCAACUGGCACAAGCCCACGCCGCGGCGUCACGAACCGUGGCCGAAGCCGAGGUCGAGCGCGCCGACGUCCGACAACUGCACGAGGAGAUUGCAAAGUGGAAGCACCAGGCGACCGCGCUCGAGAAGAACAAGGUGCUUUUGUUGGCCGAGCGCGCAACGCUUAAGCAAGAGGUUGCCACGGCCGACGACCGGCUUCAGGAAGUCAAGGUACCGUCUCCUCGGUGA